UGAGCCAAUGGGAAGGCGCGGCGGCGCCAGCGUGGUUGGUUGAGAGGCCUCCGCGGGACUUGCCUCGGUAGUGGGGCGUUGAAAGGGUGCUAAAGAUGAGACAGAAAGAAGUAUUAACCAAAACCUUCCAAGCCCCUGGUGUUGUUUGUAGUUCUUCAAAUAGUCACAUUUAUGUGUUUAAAAAUGACAAUUCAGAUUCAGAUGAACUGUCUGAAGAAGAGCUAAAUGUGGAAUUGAGACCAAGGGGAAAGGAACAACAAAAGAAUGCUGGAAGAGAGAGAGUAGGGGAUGUGGUAUUACUAGAACGAGAACUCACAGAAGAUGAUAACCUGAACAAACUUGCUCUUCAGUAUGGUUGUAAAGUUGCAGACAUCAAGAAAGUAAACAACUUUAUCAGAGAACAAGACUUAUAUGCUUUAAAAUCUAUAAAGAUUCCAGUGAAGAAUUAUGGCAUCUUAACAGAGACAAACAAGGAAUUAAAACCCCUCCAAACUACGUCUUCUGAGUCCAGAUUGAUGUUUGUUGAGUUUCCAGACUCAGAUAAUGAAGCUGAAGAGAGUAAUUGUGCAAAAUCCAGCCAACUGACAGAUUUUUUUAAGGGGAUUGAUCAAGAUAUUGAGAGUGCAGUACAAUCUGAAAUCUAUUUAAAUCAAGAUUAUUGCAUAGAAACCUCAAAACAGCCCUUGCUUCCAAUUAGUCAGAAGACUCUAAUGAAUGGUGCAGACUGUGGAAUUCAGUGGUGGAAUGCUGUUUUAAUCAUGCUUCUAAUUGGAAUUAUUUUACCAGUGUUUUAUGUGGUCUAUUUUAAAAUACAAGGCCCUGGAGAAACCACUAGUAGCUUGAAUACAACUGUAGGCCCCAAUGGCUCAAUAUCAACCAGUUCAACUCCAGGCAAAGCCCCAGAACUGGAGAUUCCAUUGAAGACCACAACUUCUUCAAAAAGUUUCAGACAAACAGGAAGCUAAGUGUAUCUCUUCUUUAGAAAGCAGUGAAUCUGGGUCUCAACUCUAGUAAUUGGGUUCUCAUUGGGCAUGUGUUGAUAACUUCCUAUAGUUAAACAAAAUAAGCUUUCAGAUUCAUAAUGGAAAAUUAUGGCCAUUUACUUGGGUUUUGUAAAAGAGACCAAGACAAAUUAUCUGGCCACAUUUAUCUUUGUCUCAGGUAUAGUCAUAUAUAUGAAGCCACCUUUUUCAGGCACCUUAUUCCUUAGAAAACUAAGUUUAAUGAAUUCUUUUAGAAAUUGGGUCGAAGCUCAGUUAUCUUUAUGGAGUGUCAUUUUAGUAUGUAGAAUUUAAAUACUUUCUGAGUGUGUAUCCCCCCCCCCAAGUUUUUCUCCCUUGAUUGCAAGAAAAAUUUGACAAAUACUAAAGGGGAUUGUAUAGUGAAGUAGAACAAGCUGCAAGUUCUACCUCUAUUCAGAAUGGGUAUUUUUAGUGUUAAAUGCUAGUAAUUAUUAAUCUUGGAUAGUAUUAAGUACCUUUGAUGUUGUCAUCCUUGAUAACCAAAUGAGUAACUUAACAGCAUGUUGCUAGAGCAAAAAACUUACGCCAUCUGUGUGGGUAUAAGUAAUAUGGAAGUGUUUGUGGUAGUAAUCAAUCCACUUGAGUUAUAUGGCUUUUCAUUCUAAAUUUAAUAGCUUUUCUUUUGAGAACCUUGGCUGAUUUCAUUACCAUCUAGUUGGUCAGUGUCUUGAGAACUGAUUGCUGUUUGGUAUUUGGGGGUCUGAUUGUAAUACAGCCCCGUUGUAGCUAAAAUCUUUUAAGAUCAGUUAUUUGUGUUGAUGGUAUCCAAUGACUUAUGAUGGUAAAUUUAACAUGUUUAAAGAGCCAUACAUUUGGGGGAAUUUGUAAUUAAUAAGAUUAAUACUUUGGCAAAGAGGCUACCAUACAGUAGCUCCAAUAUUUGAUCCACUUUUAAAGAUAGGAAAAAAAAAUGUGGCAUUCACUUCACACUUGCAUAAUUACUUGGUUUUUUGAUACAUGUCCUGGCAGUUCUCAUUUACAUAUGUAUUUAAAAAUUAUAAAUCUAAACUUCUUUAAACCUA